AUGAAGCAGGUCGUCGGCGCACCGUUCUCUGGUCUCUUUUCGCCGGAUACUGACGAGGGUAAAUUGGAACUGGAAGUGAUCAACCUUCUGGUAUCGGCUCUCCAGAUGGCCAGUUCCUCUGGUGCUUCAGACGGUGAGCGCAAGGGAACGAUUGAUGUCGCGUUGGCCCCAGUUCUGGACAAACUCAAAGCGCGUCUCGCCGACAGACUGAAGGUUUAUAUCGGCUCCAUUGCAGGCAGGCUUGCUGAUUCGAGUACCGAGGUUAAAUGGACGCCUGGCACAAACAACGGCUUUCAGUUUUGCUCUUCACUUCUGGACGAAGCGGUGUUCGGGCCCCUAGUCUGCGCCUCUGGGCCAGAGAACUCGCCAGCUUCCCCGCUCUACCUCAUCAGCUUCCGCUGCCCACUCAUGCAAGAGUAUCCAGACCAAAAGGUGCUGAGCAAGUUCGACGUCCCGCGCGGGCUGGUAGAAGAAUAUGUCAAGAAUUUCUUCUUUGGCCGCUUCAACGACGCAGACAUCAUCGACUCACUGCAGGAAUACUGGCUUGAUUGGUGUUCGUUCUCCGGCGGCCCGCUAUACAAGUAUCAAAACGUUUUUCCCUGGGACUGCUCCGAGGCGUGGAAGCGCUGCCCAACACAAUGUGGCAAAUGUAACAUGGCCAAACAUGUCUGGGCUUUCCCAUUCGACACUUGGUCCAUGAUCACACUGCAUCUGCAGCGUGCGCAGAGCCUAUACGCGCCGACAUUUACCAGCAGCGUCGAGUACGGCAAGGAGCGAAUGUCGUCUGUAGAGUGGGUGAAGUCACGAUAUUCCAUCCUCGCUGCGUCUUCUGCUCUCAACCAGGUUGCUGCUGCCAUGGCCCAAUCCCCGACAUUCCGCAAGAUGACCACGUGGCUGCAUACAGACAGCAAGCUGCUCAGGACGAACCCUUCCGUGACCCGCGUCAAACUGGGCGGAAUCCAUCGCGCGCAGCCCUUCAGCCACUCCUUUGACCCUGCCGACCGAGGCCACUAUUUCCUGUCCGGAUCCGCAACCCUCCCUCGCGACGAGCAAAUCGUCCACUACGAGAAAGCCCGCAACGACCGCAUGAAGCUCGCCGACAUCCCGUGGGACGUCGCCCGCUCAAACAAGUACAACGCCUCCCUGCAGCAACAGGACUGGCCCGACCGUGACGGCUUCAGCGGGUUCGGCGCGGACCAUCCCCGGGACGAUUACUACCAGCGUCGUCGUCCCGCCUCGACGAACUACUAUCCGUACUUCUUCUCCGUAACGGAUUCCAAUUCGACGGGUCCCGGGUUUCAGUGUACGGAUGCGCAGCUUACAGAGUGUGAUCGCCAGGCUGGUGAUGGUGAUCCGGGCUUUGGUGGGGAAAAUAGUUGCGGUUCGGGCUGUGGAUCGACUACCGAGGCGGCGGCAGCUACGGCCUCCUCCAGCCUUGGGACCGCUGGGUACGGGACUUGCGGAUCUGGGUGUGGGGGUGGGAGCGGCGGAGGAUCUGGUGGUGGCUCUGGGGGUGGUUCUGGUGGCGGAGGCUCAGGCGGAGGUGGAUCCGGGGGUGGAGGGUCUGGAGGUGGGAGUGGUGGUGGUGGUGGUUAA